AUGACUGAUCAGCAAGAAGAUAUCAGGGAGAAAGUGAAAGGAAGAAGGUUCACCAUUACACCAAUACUUUGCGAGGAAAUAGUGCGUGAUGAAUUGCCGCUGAUUGAGUAUUACGCAGUAAAGGUAGAAGAUAAAUGCAAAAUCGGAUUGCUGCUACAAAUUUUGCCGAAUAUGCCGUCUGAAGCGAAUCAUUUAAGGCGUAUCAAAAAUGGAUUAAUUCUUAUCCAGCCAACAAAUAAUCCACUGCCGCAGGAAUUUGUCAAAAAACUCGAAACUACCCUUUUAGAUAUUUCUGUCUUGAAAGUUAAAGUUCCUUCAUGUAAGCCAGUGACAAGACAACAAUUUCUAUGGGCUAAACAAUACUGGCCUACAGCUUUUCACCUAAACAAACAGUAUGAAGCACUGUUAAAUGGCAAUUUUUUCAAAGCUGAUGAGUAUCAAAAGAUUAUUGGCUUCUAUUUGGAAUCAAAAAAGAUUAGUAACGGUGGUUCAGGGUGUGUCAUUGUGGAUUUAAAAGAUGAAGUUGUCGCAAAAAGUGGCAACCGAAAUAUACCCCUUGGACAUGCUGUUAUAGCUGCAGUUUCAGAUCUAUGCGAAAGACAUCGUACCAAGCAAAGUGACAUACUGCAGUAUCUUGGUACAGGAUAUGACGUUUAUUUGACGGAUGAACCGUGUGCAAUGUGUGCUAUGGCUUUGGUACAUUUUCGUGUUGGGCGAGUAUUUUAUGGAAAACGUACCCCUUUAAAUGGAGUAUAUGAAUCAUGCUGGAGAAUUCAGGAAGAAAAAUCAUUGAAUCAUCACUAUGCGUAUAGAAUAAAAAUGUCAGCGGCAUUAAUUGCGAAACCAUUUUCAAUGAUAUAUGUGGAAAAAAUGGAUAAUUCAUGUGGCGUGGCGGUGGGGUAUGCCGAUAUUAUGAACGGAGUAUCAUUGAUUGCAGAACAAUUAGCUUCUUACAAGAAUUGUCUUAUUGCUGUAGUUCUUCCUAAGCAUCCAGCAUUUGUUUCUGUUAUUCUUGGGUUUUCAGAGUUCUGGAAACGAAGAAUUGUUUUGUCUGUUGUUCAAGCAUUGAAAUGGCAAACAGUUACCGUAGUGCUACAGUAUCUUGUGUUGUUUCUACUAUCGCUACAGAAGACAGGAAUUCAAUUAAUAUACACGAUUUCUGUUCUUAUUCUUCCUCGAUUACCGUUUGAUAAUGUCAUAGGUCUUACUGCUUCCUUAAAAUCAUCAUCAGAUUUAAAGAAAUAUUUGAAAUGCAGUCUUGCUGAUGUUGCUGUAGUAAAUGGUGCAAAAUUAUUGGUUAUUCCGGAUUCGUUUCGUUCCAUACCGUCGAAAUUGGCUGAUGCAAUCAUGAAAUACGGUAUGACACCUUCACAAUUAAAAAUUCUACCUCAUCAAGCUUUGACAGAGAUUUUUGCUGGUCAUUCGACCAUACGAACAAUAAUUCUCGGUGGUGAAGCAUUUCCAACAAAUUUUAUUAAGCGUUAUCAUAUUGAUCAUCAAUUGAUUAAUUUCUACAAUGUAUAUGGAGUCACGGAAGUAUCGUGUUGGGCUUCAUGUCAUAGAGUUGAUUGGAAAGAAACUCGUGUGGAAAUUGGUGAACCGUUAUUGGGUACAAAAUUCAAGAUUAGUGAAACUGGUGAAUUGCUUAUUGGUGGUUCGAGACAAUGUUUUAUAAAUGGCAAACUGUCUGGAGCUUGGCUUCGUACUGGUGAUAUUGUUGAGCUUACUGAGCUGGGAAAAAUUUACUGGUGUGAUCGGUCAGAUGAUCAGCAGAAGAUUAAUGGCAUAAAUGUAAGCUUAUCAGGAUUGGCCCGAAAAGCGGAAGAAUAUGAUAAUAUUCAGUCAGCUCUAGCAUUACGUCGUGGACAGUCCAUUUUACUGUUUGUACAUAUCGAAAAUAGUGCAAAUGUGCAAAUUGAUUUAUGCAAAAAGUUGGAUGUAGGAUUGCCGCUGAUAGUCAUUUUGGUGGAUAAUUGGCCAGUAACAGGAAAUGGAAAAAUUGAUCGCCGAAAAUUAAUGCAGAUUUUCGAGCAAAAAAAUUUGGUUUUUACAGUGGAAGAUUUGAGCAAAUUACUUGAAAAUUUUAAGAUAAAUCUAAAAACCAAUCAAGAAAUGAGGUUCAAAGAUUUGGGUUUGGAUUCAUUACGUGCAGCUGAAUUAACUCUAAAAACGGAACAUCUUUUGAAACAACGAAAUUUUCCACUUCUGCAAUAUCUUCUUUCGGAUACCGGAACGAUUGCUGGAUUUUUGGAUGCACUUGAUUUUAAUCAAAAUGUUCGAGAAAUAAAUACCGUACGUAUGCGUGAAGUUCGUAUAAGGCCAAUAGAAAACUUCAUUAAUACUAAGUUAUUGUGGGAAUAUGAUUUGGGAAAAUGCAUCGAUGCAACGCCUGCAGUCGAAAAUGGCUCAAUUUUUCUGGGAUCACAUUCUGGACGAUUCGUUUCGUUAUCUCUGGAUGGGAAUAAAGAAUGGGAAGUUCAAUUUGAUGGUCGAAUUGAAGCAACUGCUUGUUGUCAAGAUGGUAUAAUUGCUGUGGGCUGUUACGACGGCUAUUUGUAUUUUUUGAAUGAGAAGAAUGGACAAUUAAUAUGGAAAUUUGGCACAGAAAAUAUCAUUAAAUCAUCUCCUGUACUUAUCGAUACAGGAAAUAAAUGCUUGUUUGGAUCACAUGAUAAAUGUCUCUAUUUGUUGGAUAUCAAGAAUCACAAGGUGCUGUGGAAGGUUGUUUGUGAUGGGAGUAUUCUAUCAUCACCAGUGCUUAUCGCUACAAUUGUAUUGUGUGCUACUUUACAAGGAGAAUUUCUUUGUGUCGAAUUAAACACUGGCAAUACGGUAUGGAAAAUUCAAUUAGCUGCACCAAUAUUUGCAAAUUUAUGCAUUAUAGAACCUAAUCGUGUAUUAGUUGUAAAUGUUAAAGGACUAGUAACAUUGUGCGACACAAGAACUGGACAUAUAAUGUAUCAAUAUGAUAUCCUGGAAUGUAUUUUCGCAGCACCGGUACUAUUUCUGGAUGAUACUAAUAAUUCUAACGUAUCGAUUAUCGUAACUCAAGCUUCUUCGCUGUUCUUAUUACAAACAGAUACUCUUCAACUGCUCUGGUAUAUACGAAUUGAUGGAGUAGGGUCGUUUCCACGACCACCGGAAAUUCUGGCUAACGAAGGAUAUCUUUUUAUUCAGGAUUCUUCUGGCACUUUGUUAGCUAUUAAAGGAUUGAGAGAUAUGAUGAAGAAAGAUAUUAUGGAUAUGGAGAUUUCCAGAAUGGAAAUUAUCGAAGUUUUAAAAGUACCCGGUGAAACUUUCGGUGGAGUGCGAAUUUUAAAAAUGGACAAAAGAAACAGUAGUAAGAGUGGUGAAAGUAAUAGCAAUAGUAGUAAUAGUAAAACGGUAACUGUCUCUUAUCGUGCUUUGAUUGGAAGUCGUGAUGAUCGUAUACGGUUGCAAGAUUUUCCUCUGGUUGACUUUCUUAGGGAAAGUGGAAUGGAAAUAGAAAAACCUAUAUUGCAACAAUCACCUGCAGAUCUUUUAAAAUGCUACCACGACUUAGGCUUCGAUUCUUCACUUUCUCUUCAUCAUCCGGAUAUCGGUAAAGCAGAAGCAAUACAGAAAGCUGACAAUAUGAUAAGCAGUAAUGAUAGUGAUAAUGGUAAUAAUGAUAACAGUAAUAGCAGAAGGAGAAGGAAUCAUCUGUUGUUGAAAAAAGCAAAAGAAGACGAGGGGGACGGUAAUGAUAUUGCAAAGCGAUCAAGUACCUCCAUUAAGCAGGAUUUCACUGAUUUUAUUGAUGAGAAAAAGGAGCAUGCAACAGCGACAAUUAUACCGAAUGUCGAUCGUCCGGAAUUUCCAUCAUUUCAUCAUCGUUUUUCUACGGUACCAGUUGAAAUAUCAAGACGAAGGCAUGCUUUUGUUGCUUGUAAAUUGGCUCAAAAUUCGUCGGACAGCGGUGUCAAUUCAAACUCAGUAAACAGUAUUCAGGAAGAUAUUCCGGAAGUGGAGAGCGGAUCGGGAAGUUUCCAAGAAAAAGCAAAGCAUUUGGUAUCUUCACUCUAUUCUUCCUCUCUUGUUCGACAACAGCAUCGACGAUCGGCAACACAUACAACGACGCCAUCAUUUGUUUUGCAAAGUUCAAAAAUCCUUGAUCCGAUAGUUCCUUUCAGUGGUGAGGAUCUAAGAAUCCAUAGCACUAAUUAUGAUAACGAUGUUAAUAAUUUGAGUAAUCAGGAUCGAAUACUGGAAGAGAAAAGACCGCGGAUUGAACGACCGCGAGCUCGAUAUCCAAAUUCGGCACGACGUACAUCUGCGCCUGCAUGCUUGUGGUCUACUCCUUCAUUAUUUCCCGAUCAGCAACCGAAGUCAACUUCGUUAACGCUACACGAUAAUUUAAUCCUACUUCAUAAACUGUUAGCUAAGCAACGAAUUAUGCAAGAAAAUGUAGGAACGUUCAAUUUUGAUCCUUCUACAAGUAUUCCUAAUGCUGAUGGUACUGCUGCCACAUCCCAAUCAGAAACUCCACCUGCGACAAUACCGCCGCAUUUUCCAACUGCUCAAGCACCAACAUCACCAUCAAUUUUAGCUACAUGGCAAUGGCUCAGAGAAGAACGAAUGUGGAAAGAGGAAGAAGGGGAGUGGGAUGAUGGCGUGGGACACAUUGAAAAAUACAGGUUAAAGGUAUCAUUUGCAAGGCCGUGGACUCUGGUUGAUAAACGAGCAGAGUGGAGGAAGAAAUGUAUCAAUUAG